UGCACCAUUAGAUAUGCAUCAAUGGCAGUUUUAGGGUACUUAAUGUUUGGGUCAACAAUUUAGUCACAAAUAACUUUAAACCUCCCAAAAAAACUUAGCUCAAAAAUCGCAAUAUGGACCACCCUUGUCAAUCCACCACCCAAAUAUGCUUUAAUGGUUACACCAAUAAUAUAUUCAGCCAAAAAUUGGUUUCCAAAUCACUGCAAUAACGGGCACUUCGACCUUCUCCUCAGUUCUAGCUUGGUAAUCAGCAGUGUUGUAGUAGCUUUGGCGGUUCCCUUUUUCGCAUAUCUCGUGUCACUGGUUGGAGCAUUUUUGAGUGUAUCAGCUUCACUUCUAUUCCCAUGCUUUUGCUACCUUAAAAUUUCAGCUACGUACCGAAAUCUCGGAUGUGAGAUGUUGAUUAUAGGGUUCAUUAUUUUAAUGGGAGCUGCAGUUAUGAUUCUUGGUACUUACACAGCUGUAUCAGAAAUAAUAGAGCAUUUGUAAAUUGAUG